AUGUCGACAGUUGAAGCGACGACAACAGCAUUGGUUACAGAAUCAGCACCGGAUAAUAAAACAAGGCGGUAUGAUCGUCAGCUUCGUCUAUGGGCGGCAUCGGGACAAUCUGCACUCGAAAAUGCCCGCAUCCUCGUCGUUUCAGGGGGCGCGACUGCGACAUCCAUUCUGAAGAACCUCGUUUUACCAGGCGUCGGGCACUUUACCAUUCUCGAUCCACUACCAGUCACUCCUGAAGAUGCAGGAAAUAACUUUUUCCUUGAUGGACUGAACAGCGUCGGGAAGAGCCGUGCGGAAGAGGGAGUCAGAUUGUUGCUAGAGAUGAAUGACGGUGUGGAUGGGAAGGCCGACACGCGGAGCCUGGAAGAGGUAUUAGACACGCCGGGAGGAAAGGAGUGGCUGGGAGAGUUCACGCUUGUGAUCGCUGUUAAUCUGGAGAAAGGGCCACUGGAGAGACUGGCGGCAGUGUUGUGGGAGGAAGAAAGCUUCCCUCCGUUGGUUGUGGUGCGUCCUGCAGGAUUCCUGGCAGAAUUCUACAUCCAGUACCACGAACAUACAGUUAUUGAAAGUCAUCCGGAGACUGCACAAUCACUUCAAAUCGACAGACCAUUCCCCGCACUGCUGGACUACGCGAUGUCGCUCGAUUUUGAAAACAUGGACGUGACUGAUCACGGCCACGUCCCUUAUGUCGUCAUCCUUGUACGCGUUCUUGAGGAAUGGAAAAAAACACACGACGGACUUCCGCCCCAAAAUGCCGCUGAGAAAGUACAAUUCAAAAAGAACAUCCUUGCCAUGCGUAAGAAGCCCGACGAAGAAAACUUUGAAGAGGCUGAAGCGCAGGCGUAUCGUGCAUGGACAAAGACUGUGGUACCCUCAGAAACCCGGGCUUUGUUCGAUGAUGCAAAAGUUAUCUCCCCGUCCUCAGUGGAAGCCCCAUUCUACAAACUUGUGAGAGCGUUGAAGAAAUUCGUAGAAGGGAGCGGCGCGCUGCCUUUGACCAGCACGCUCCCAGAUAUGAAGGCGAGUACCAGUGCGUAUAUAGACCUCCAGAAGCUCUACAAGACUCGAGCAGAAGAGGAGAAAGAGGUAUUUAGAGGGUGCUUGAGCGAAGCGUGUGGUGGGGAUAUCAAAGCAAUUGGAGAGGAUAUGAUUGACGCUUUCGUGAAGAACUCACAUGCUCUCAAACUUCUGAGAGGAAAGCGAUGGGCAGCAUUAGAUGAGGACCACGAAGCUUUGGUACUAGCUACUCAAACAAGCUCUAAACAACUGGCUGUACACCUUGCGCUGAGCGCUUUAUCCAACUUUUUAGCUAAAUCAAAAACGUCUGGCCAAACGUUAUCAGCCGAGGCACUCACCGCCGAAGCUCAGAAGUUGCUACCCGAUGGAACCGAGUUGCCCGAAGAGUUUGAGGAUUGCGUCGGUGAAGUUGUUCGCUCACCCACUGCCGAGCUUCCCAACACCGCUGCACUUCUAGGCGGGCUUGUUGCACAGGAGGCGAUCAAGAUGAUCACACGACAGUAUGUCCCCAUCAAUGGAUACUGUAUUGUAGAUCUUGUGGAAACUUGGACCGGCAUUCUUUGA